CGAAAUUCACGAACGAAAAUUACGUGUAAAUAACAAGUAACUAACAAGCUGACGAAAUUUGAGCACGCAAGCUUCUGCUCUCAUGAGUCUCAUGCUCUCAUUUAAUUUUAUUUUCAAAUUUGAGCUUUGAUUUUUCACUUUAUCCGCCUCCUUUAAAUUCACUUUUGUGAGAGGUGCAGCAGUCGCAUCAGAAAGUGGGUCGGUCCAUCUUGUUUGUAUGUCAGCUGGGUUGGCAGCGGGAUCCGCGAGCAGCGUGGUCGUGGUAGCGGUAGCACGGGCAAUGCGCUGGGUUGGCGUUCGCACGACCGCGACAGUCGCUGCCAGCAGUUCCGAGUUCGGGCCACGCAAAUUUUACUCUCUGCCCGAAAAUUACAAGGGAGGCGAGUCCCGACAAAAAAAGUGCCAUGACACGACCAAGUUGAUGCAGUACAUCGACCACAAUGUCAUCGGGAAAGACACGAUCUUCAGCGGACCCUUCGGAGGGCGAAAGGUGGUGUACUGCGACUACACAGCCUCCGGACGCUCGCUCAGCUUCAUCGAACAGUUCAUCUUGCGCGAGGUUCUGCCGUGCUACGGCAACACCCACACGACGACCUCUACCACCUCGCUGCAGUCCACUCUCUUCAGACACGAGGCGCGAGACAUUUUCCGCAACGCAGUUAAUGCCUCUGAGCAUGACGCAGUGAUUUUCGCUGGCAACGGCUGCACCGGCGCCGUCCACAAGCUCAUCCACGCACUGAACCUUCUGGAGCCGCCGAUCGUCUUUGUCGGCCCGUGCGAACACCAUUCAAACCUGCUGCCAUGGCGCGAGAUCGGCGCAAAAAUCAUCCGGAUCCCGGAGACGAAGGACGGAUUUUUGGAUUUAGACAACCUCAAAUGCCAGCUGGAGGCGCACUCAUCGCUCAAUCAGCAAAUGAUCGGCUGCUUUUCGGCGGCGUCCAAUAUCACCGGCAUCUUGGCGGACGACGUCGCCACCACGCUCCUGCUCCACCAGUUCGGAGCUCUUGCCUUUUGGGACUACGCCACCGCAGCGCCUUAUGUGAAAAUUGACAUGAACCCUCUUCUACACGGAGCUGGAGAGAGCUCAGUAUACAAAGAUGCCGUGUUCUUCUCAGUACACAAAUUUGUCGGCGGAGUACAAACGCCUGGAGUGCUUAUUGCAAAAAAGGCGCUUUUCAAAAACAGCACUCCCAAUGGCUGCGGAGGAGGCUCGGUGUUCUUUGUGUCCAGAGACGACCACAAAUAUUUAAAAGACAUAGAAUUAAGGGAAGAAGGAGGCACAGCUGCCAUCGUAGAAUCGGUUCGAGCAGGUCUAGCGAUGCAGCUAAAAGAAAGCGUUGGAAUACAGGCCAUUAUGUCAAGAGAGGAGCAGAUUGUCAAGAACGUCCUGGCUCACAUAAAAACCGUCCCCGAGCUUCUUCUUUUGGGGCCAUUAAACCACUCGUGCAAGCAACGCCUUGCAGUGUUUUCUUUCAUGGUUCGCCAUCCAAGAGGGACUUUUUUGCACCACAAUUUCGUUUGCACCAUUCUUAAUGAUGUAUUUGGAAUCCAAGCACGUGGCGGCUGUGCCUGCGCAGGACCUUAUGCCCAAGAUUUGCUGGGCAUAAACGAGAAUCUCGCCAAAGAAUAUGAAGACAUACUCUUAGAGGAUGGCCGCUUGGAUAGAACUCAUCUGAGAAGACACGAAGAGCAUUCAAACUUUGAAAUGCUGCGUCCAGGAUUUUCUCGAAUCAGUCUUCCGUACUUUAUGAGUGAUGAAGAAGUGGCCUUUGUCCUGGAAGCCUUGAAGAUGGUAGCAUUAGAGGGUUGGAAGCUCUUGCCGCAGUACAUUCUCAAUCCUGAGACUGGCGAGUGGCGACACAGGUCCAAUUUGGUGUUCAAAGACCGCCGCUGGCUGGGCAGCAUUAACUACGCUGGUGGUAAAAUGAAUUUCAAUGACUCCAAGACGACCAACGCAGCUUCAACUGUGCCUGAGAAUUAUGCUCUUGUACUUCAAACUGCUAGAAAUAUUUUCAGCAAGGCCAGGAAGAUGGCCCAGAGGUACACAAUAGCAGAUCAAACAGUGUUGUUUGACGAACACGCCGAGCAGCUGAGAUGGUUCAUGUUGCCGUGCGAGGCGCAGGACUUGCAGCUAGGCCACUCGCAGAAGGUUAAGCACCUAGUGCCAUUCAACCCCGUAAAUUACGAAGGAUCUCGGUCUAGUCCCAUUCCUCCACCAAGAAUAAUAGAGCCGCAAGACUCAGUCGAAAGCAACGGUAGUGGCAGCGGCGUGGUCUUCGACUUGGGCGGCAGUGUUGACCCGACCAAUUUGACCCUGAACAACAGACUGUUGAACAUUGAUCAAAACCACAGCUUCAACAACAACUGCUCCUCGCUGGACUCGUCGUGCGCUAGCCCGUUACCCUCCUACCUGCUGCAAAGCCAACGCAGCUGCUGCAGUCAGACCGAUCUGCAGGACUUUGGCGGCGCUGACGACAACUCGGACGCGCACAUGCGCAGCACCGAGGACAUCCAGACAUAUGUCCAGGAGAUGACGAACGAAAUCACUAAGGAAAUCCAAUUUGAAAUCCGCGAGGUGAUCUCACAGGUCCAGGACGUGCUGCACGACUCCGAGUCGAGCGAGUGUCUCCCCGAAUUCAGGCCCAGGGCAGGUUCCCUGUCGCUCAAAUCGGCCGAAGACGUGGCCGAGUACCUGGUGGAAGCGUCCCACAAGCUCGCGUCUGAAAUGAAAUCAGAACUGCGAGAGGUGGUCAGUGCCGUUGAUCUCCUCAUAGCGGAAGAGACAGGGGAGAUGAAGAAGUCUAAUUCCCAGUCACUCAACUCGCUGAAUAAUUGCAUCAAGCCUGAGUCACCCCUCUUGAGAAUGAGGAAACCCAGGACUUUCAGCUCCCCAGCCCCUCGCAGCCCUUUGUGCAACUCUCCAACUAUAAUUGAUGACUGUUUUGAGCCCAGUUGUGACACAAAUCCUCUUUUAAAUGGGCCUGCAGUUGCGACCAACCAGGCAGAAGCAAACAGUUCCGAGGAUGCGACGUCUGACAGCGCUGAAUCAUCGAAUCAAGCGUUUGACCCGACCGCCACCUCCUGCAUGCUGGCCUCGUACAGAAAGCCCUCGAUCGUGGGCAAAGGGCGCUGGUUUUGCCCCCCAAAACAAAUUUGGAAACCAACUGUUGAGGCCAUUCGUGAGUUUGGAAUGAUCAAGCAAGGGGACAAAGUGCUCGUUUGUCUCUCUGGAGGGAAGGAUUCGCUCAGUCUGCUGCACACAAUCCAUCAAUACCAGUUUUACGCCCGCUCGAAGAAUAUGGAUUUUGAGUUUGGAGCUGUCACUGUCGAUCCACAGACCUCCUCUUAUGACCCGAGACCACUGAUCCCUUACCUUGAGUCGCUGGGCGUUCCGUACUUUUACGAGGAGCAGAGAAUCUUGGACAAAGCCACCGACCUGAAGGAAAAAGAUGCGUGCAAGUCAAUCUGCAGCUUUUGUAGCAGAAUGAAGCGAGGCCGCAUCUACGCAGCAGCAAGAAGGGAGGGCUACAACGUAUUAGCCUUGGGACAGCACUUGGACGAUUUGAGUGAAAGCUUUUUGAUGUCUGCCUUCCACAACGGACGCUUGAGAACCAUGAAGGCCCAUUACAACGUGAAAGAGAAAGAUUUGAGGGUGAUUCGUCCAUUUGUGUUUGUGAGGGAGAAGAAUCUGCGACAGUUUGCCGAAAGUAAAAAUCUGCCCGUCAUCAAAGAAAAUUGUCCAGCUUGUUUUGAAGCACCAAAGGAGAGGCACAGAACAAAGCAGCUGCUUGCCCAACAGGAAAUUCUAUUUCCCCGUCUCAUAUGGAGCUUGAGGUCAGCAAUGAUGCCGCUGAUGAGUGUUCAUCACACUGGUAUUGAGAGUAAGAUGUUUUCUAGGUCCCUGAAGAAAACAUUUAGUGUCAGCACAGAUAGUGUUGACUCUGAAGACGAGACAAGCUGAAAAUUAACUGCGGCUAGCUGAAUGAUUCAAUUUUUACAAUUUCUAUUCCACACUGCCUUUUCUUUUUGUAAUAGCAUUUUUAUACCUUGAUUUAACUAUUAUUAUAAUGAAUACACUACGCAAGUGCAACCUUAAA